AUGCCCGGUAGCUGGGUCGUCGGACUCUGCGGCUACUGCCAGGACAUGAUACCCAACUGCUGCAUGGCGUGGUUCUGCCCGUGCAUCUCGACGGCGCAGAUCGUCAAGCGUCUGGGCGUGAGCUCCUACUGCUGCGGCCUCUGCUUGAGCAUCCUGUUCCUAGCGCUUCCGCAACCGGGCAACUGCUGCGGCGACUGCUGCGAGGCGUGCUGGUGCACCAGCUGCGCUAUCGCUCAGAUGGCCACGCGCGCGGGCAGCUACAAGCCCGGAAGCUGCAGCUUUGGCUCGCUCGACUCCCUGCACCCCUACAAGCCCAUGUAG